CCACGUCGAUUUAAACGGCGGAAUACUACAGCUGGAGUCCAGUCGGAUUCUCACUGCACAGCUGGGAGCGUCGGAUUCAGCCAGCCAUGUCCUACUUGAUAAUACCGGCAGGCGACGAGGCCUGCAGUGUUCGGCAGCAGAUGACGAACUACUGGGCGCAGUUCUCUGAACCCACACUGGAGAACAUGAUGCUUAACGAGGAUGCUAGGCAGCUAGCUGAGCAGGAAGAAACUGAAAUUCUGGACUCGGUUCCGCAGGUUGGUGGAAUGCGGGUGCUGGAACUCGGUGCCGGAAUCGGCCGCUUCACCCGGAAACUGGCAGAGCGUGCAAAACACGUCACAGCCGUCGACUUUCUGGAAACCUACAUCGAAAAGAACCGCCAGAGCAACGAGCAUCUGGGCAACGUCGAGUUCGUCUGCAUGGAUGUGACACAGCUGAAACAGGACAACGGGCAGUAUGACAUGAUCUUCAGCAACUGGCUCCUGAUGUACCUUGGCGAUGACGAGAUCGACAAGCUGGUCAGCAGCAUGCUUCGGUGGCUGAAGCCCAAUGGUUACCUCUUCAUUCGAGAGUCGUGCAUCAAACAGUCAGGCAACAAGAAACGUCAGACCAAUCCGACGUUCUACCGCAGUCCGGCACACUACUGCAGUCUCCUGCAGGGACCCAGCAUGAACUCUCCGGAGGCCGACUACAGGUUCACACUACGCUACGCCGCCUCCGUCGACGUCUUCAUCAAGUAUUCCGGCAACCCAUACCAGCUGCUGUACCUGCUGAGGAAGACACCAACCAGCGACUACUUCAGCAGCUUCCAGAACUUCUUGGACAAGCACCAGUACUGCCUGAACGGCAUCAAACGCUACGAGGCCGUCUACGGCGACUCAUUUGUCAGCUGCGGAGGAAAGCCAGUCACAGAGCGGCUCUGCGACCGGCUGGGCCUGCAGGCCCACUCCCGUGUGCUGGACGUGGGCACGGGACCGGGCGGCUCAGCCAUCCACAUGGCGUCUCGCUAUGGCUGUCACGUCACCGGCAUCGACUUGUCUGCCAACAUGGUGACGGUGGCGCUGCAGCGACAGGCCUCCCUCCCUCCGGCGGUCCGCGAACGGUUGCGGUUCGAGAUCAGUGACAUCACGGAGCGCGAGUACCGUGACGCCAGCUAUGACGUCAUAUACAGUCGGGAGACGCUGCUGCACGUGGAGGACAAGACGGCAGUGCUGGCCAAGUUCUGGCGGUGGCUGAAGCCAGGCGGAAAGCUGCUCAUCACCGACUACUGCCAGGGAGAGGGCCAGCUGAGGAACGAGUUCCUCGAGUACAAGUCGGCGAGAGCGUACCGGCUCCUGACUCUUCAGGAGUACGGCGGCGUCGUGGAGGCUGCCGGCUUCACUGACGUCCAGGUCCAUGACCAGAAGGACGACUUCCUGAACGUGCUGCAUCAGGAGCUGGACACCUUCAGAGCGAGGAGACAACAGUUUGUCGAUGAGUUCUCGGAGAGCGAGUUCCGAGACACGGUGGUGGGAUGGGAGCAGAAAAUCGCCCGCGCCACCGACGGCAGCCAGGUGUGGGGCCUCAUCGCCGCCCAGAAGCCCAGUGAAGAGUGAACUAGCUCUUUGUCUGCCUCGGAGAGAGGAACUACUUCCGCUAGAAGCCGCCGGUCUUGGGACCUGCCAUAUUCCAUUUGUAUUCCCAGGAGGCUGAUAGGUUGUGGGCAUACAUAAUGAGCUCUAGCUUUCGUGAUGUUUGAAUGAUCCUGAUCAGUGUGGCAAGCUAGAAAGAUGCAUGAUGAUAUUUUUUCCUAAAUGGAAAUGAGUGUUAUCAGUGUUUACUAACAGUGCAGUUUUGACAGUGUUAACUGUGUUACCUAUAGAUACCGAGCUCUAUAGCUUGUCGACAAGCAUGUGUGAUAUUUGAAUGAAUUUGUUGCUAUAAUGUUUGUUUGGGAAUGGUGCAAAAAACGUGCUGGCUAGUGGGUAAAAACACCAGUGACUAUUGUUUUUUCACCAACGCUGAUACAUGUAAGGUAGGUACUUGAGACUAGCGCGCUAUACGUGGCCAAUGCCCCAAAUAUCAGAUAGGUAGGUAGUUAUAUCUGCUGAUGCCUUUGCAUCUGUAAAUGUUCAAUCAAUAAACUGAAUCAAAAGUUUUUGGUUUUCCCGUUGACUGCGGUGACUCAAAUUGCCAUUUUUGUAAGAUUUAUUUUGAUUCACCUGUGCUUAUACGACAUGGCGGAGGAAUGUAUAUGAAUAAGGCAGGAACUUGAGAUUUCAAACAAACUUAUUUAUAUGUGAUUUAAUUCUUAUACCUUCAA